GACCAUCUCCAUCGGGAGGACCAUCUCCAUCGGGAGGACCAUCUCCAUCGGGAGGACCACCUCCAUCGGGAGGACCACCAGCGACUUCAACAGCUACGGCGCUACCAGAGAUUCCAACAGGCACGACGUUACCAACGGAUAGACCAUCUUCAUCGGGACCACCUGCUCCUGAAUCAACAGGAGCUAUUCAUGUUAACUCACCUGGGCCUGGUCCAUGGCAAGUUGGUUCAACUCUUAACAUUACUUGGUCUUAUACUGGAUAUUCUGGUGAUACACCCGUCAAAGCUUCUUGUAAUCUUACUAAAACGGGUGAAGCAGUCUGGAUAUAUAAAGAGGGCGAAGAACUUACUCUCAGCAAUGGAAGUGUUCCAUUUACUGUUAACAAUUCAUGGGCAACCGGAUCUGAUAACCCUUACGUAGCUGUUGUACAAUUAAAAGAUGAUUCAGUGUCUGCGCAAAGCAGCGAAUUCACCAUUGAAUGA